AUGGCAAAACAGCAAAGAUCUGGUCCCAAUGCAACCGGGUUGUUUCUCUUUCAGUAUUCAUCGCUGAGCCCGGUGCACAGCGUGGACAUUGCAAUGAAGAAGGUUGCAACCAUCAACGAUGUGUGUGAAUCCAUGAAACAGCAGCUGCUGGUGCUGGUUGAAUGGGCAAAAUACAUCCCGGCAUUUUGCGAGCUCCCGCUUGACGACCAGGUUGCCUUGCUCAGAGCCCAUGCAGGGGAACACCUGCUGCUCGGGGUAGCCAAGCGAUCCAUACCAUACACCGAUUUUCUGUUAUUAGGGAAUGACUUCAUCAUCCCAAUGCACUGCCCAGAACUGGAAAUUGCUCGUGUGGCCACCAGAAUCUUGGAUGAAUUGGUGAAGCCCUUGAGGGACAUCCAGAUAGAUGACAACGAGUACGCUUGCCUUAAAGCCAUCAUCUUCUUUGAUCCAGACUGCAAAGGCCUGAGUGAGCCUGGGAAGGUGAAGAACAUGCGCUUCCAGGUCCAAGUCAACCUGGAGGACUACAUCAAUGAUCGCCAGUAUGACUCCCGAGGCCGGUUCAGCGACAUCCUCCUCCUGCUGCCCCCGCUGCAGAGCAUCACCUGGCAGAUGAUAGAGCAAGUCCAGUUCGUGAAGCUCUUUGGUGUGGCCAGGAUUGACAGCUUGCUGCAGGAGAUGCUGCUUGGAGGAACCACCAUUGAUCUCCAGUACCAGUCAGGACCUCCCAACCUCAACCUGGAACCGCUGCCAGGACACGUCCUCCCAAGCAACAUGAGCUCUGUGAUUCACACCGCUCCAGACCCAUCUCCUGAAACAUCCCUUCCAUCUCCUUCUACAAGCACAGGCAGUGAAGACUAUAAACUAGGCUCUAGCGCAGGACCCAACGCCGUAGCGCAGCUCUUGCCUCAGACAGUGAUACCCAAGCAGGAGAUCUUAUAGGGAGAGGUGGAAGGAGAAGCUGGGAGCAAUGUGGAAACCAUGCUGAAAGUGAAAUGGGCCCUUUCUCUUUGCAGAGGCAAAGCACAGCAACCCCCUGCAUGUAGCUGGAUCUGUCGGUCACACUCUUUCCCGUCCAUGAGUCGAGCACCAGGUACCAGACUGCAGCAGGAGCCUCACCACGGGUCUUCCCACCACCGUCACCCUCAUUUCACACGUGAUUGGGGUUAAUGCUCUUUUCAGUAGGACCAAGACUGUAAGCUCGUUGAAGCAGGGCUUCUGAUUGCAUGUGUUAUCACCUAGCUCAGUGCGAUCACGACACUUUUAAAGCCUUCUGCCGCUAUCUUCAUAAAACCAAAUGCCUUACACAGCUCCUGGUAAUCGUUAAUGAGUACAGCGGGUCUUGAAUUGUCAGUAUG